AAGAAGAAGAAGAAGAAGAAGAGCAUUUGCGACAAAAGGUCGAGACCUGCUCGGGCUCAAAUAAUUAUUAGUGUGACUAGUGUGCUGCACUCUACUCUCAACUAUUUUCGUUCCACCGGAGAAACUUAAUGACUUUUUCACCACUCGACAGGCAGAAAGCGACACUGUACAGGGUUUGUAGUCAGUAGAGUGCCUUAGCCUCAUACUCUUGCGGAACCGUAUCAUAGAAUGUUGUUUCCACUCGUCUCCCUUACGAAGUGACCCCUCCGUAACUCUUCCUGGCCGGAGGUCAUGAUACACACGUGAGUCCUGAAGAAAACGGGCUCUGACUGGGACCAGACUAGAAGUGAGUUAAUUUCAGUUUUUGUGCUGUAGUCGACAGGAUGGACAGAAAAGUGAAGGAACAAAAGCGACAUCAGCAGAAGCACAGCGGGCCAAAGGUUGAGAAGAAGAAACUGAAGAGGCAGGGAGGCUCCACAGAAGAUGAUGAACGGAAACGCAAUCCCAAAGCGUUUGCGGUUCAGUCCGCUGUACGCAUGGCCAAGACCUUCCACAGGGCUCAGGACAUAAAGGCCAAAAAGCAUCACAUCCCCCUUGUAGAUCGGACUCCUUUGGAACCCCCUCCAGUUGUUAUUGUUGUUGUCGGGCCCCCUAAAGUGGGAAAAAGUACCCUGAUCCGCUGCCUGAUCAAAAAUUUCACCCGACAGAAGCUGGGAAACAUAUGUGGACCUGUCACCAUUGUCUCUGGCAAGAAGCGGCGUCUCACUUUCAUGGAGUGCAACAAUGACAUUAAUACAAUGAUCGACCUUGCAAAAGUGGCUGACCUGGUUUUGAUGUUGAUUGAUGCCAGCUUUGGCUUUGAGAUGGAGACUUUUGAGUUUCUCAACAUCUGUCAGGUACACGGCUUCCCUCGUAUCAUGGGUGUGCUGACUCACUUGGAUUCAUUCAAGAACAACAAGACACUAAGGAAGACCAAGAAAAACCUUAAACAUCGCUUCUGGACUGAGGUCUACCAGGGGGCCAAGCUGUUCUAUCUGUCUGGAAUGGUGUACGGUGAAUAUCAAACUCAGGAAGUGAAGAACCUCGGCCGCUUCAUCUCUGUCAUGAAGUUUCGUCCUCUGGUUUGGCAGACCUCCCACCCUUAUGUCCUGGUUGACCGUAUGGAGGACUUGACUGACCCUGAGAGGCUGAGAACAGACCCCAAGUGUGACCGGACAGUGUCUCUCUACGGCUACCUACGGGGGACAUAUUUGAAAAACAAAGGCCAGGUUCACAUCCCAGGUGUAGGAGACUUUCAGGUUGCAGACGUAAACUUCCUGCCAGACCCCUGUUCACUGCCAGAUACUCAGAAGAAAAGAGCGCUGAACGAGAAGGAACGUCUUCUUUAUGCACCCAUGGCUGGGGUCGGGGGGGUUGUCUACGACAAGGACGCAGUGUAUAUUGACCUUCCUGCUAGCCAUGUCAAAGAGCAGCAGGAGGAAGUGCGGCCAACCACAGAGCUGGUCCAGUCUCUCAUUGAUACACAUGCCACCCUAGAUGCCAAGAUGGCUGCCAGUAAGGUGUCUCUGUUCAGUGGCUCUGCCACCCUUGACCCUGCAGACUUCGACGAGCAGAGCGGAGAGAAGGAGGAGCAAGUCUGGGACCCCAACACCCAGAGAAAGAGGAGGAAGGUGGUCUUUGCUGAAAAGGAGGAAGGCAGUGAUGUUAGUGGCUCCAGUGAUGAGGAUGAUGAAAGUGACGAUGGUGACCAGGAGGAGCAAGAGGAGGGUGAGGAUGAGGAUAACUUGUCCACUUUUCUUAAAGAGGCUAGAGCCAAAUCGGAGACCAGUAAUGUUAGAGAGCCUCCACCAGUAAAAAAACAGAAGCUGGAGGAGAGGAAGGAGGAGAUACUGGUGUUUGCUGAUAGCGAAGAUGAGUUGGAGAUGAGUGAAGAAGAGGAGGAGGAUGGGAGACCAGGAGACUCUGGAAACUGUUCGGAAGAGAGUGAUGAUGGUGAAGAGGCGGAAGAUGAUGAUGAUGAUGGCGGCUCGGAAGAUGAAUCAAUGGAAGAUGAGGAUGAAGCAGCAGUUGCUACAGUGAAGAAACAAUCAGCGAGUGAGAAGGAGGAGGAAGAAGAGCAAGGGGCUCUGAGGUGGAAGGAUGGUCUGCAGCAGAAAGCAUUGGAGGCAUUUCUAUGGCAACAAGAAGCUGCUCCGAAUCUGAGAAAACUGGUUUACGGUUCAGUUGUAGAGGCAGACGAUGAGGCGGGUGAGGAGGAGGAGCUGGGGGGGCUCUUUCGAGUCAGCCGCCCUCAAAACAGCAAAAAGUUUCAAGCAAACGCUUUCGACUGCUCCCGUUUUCACCCUGACACCUCCCACAACUGGGACCUGGAGGAGAUGCUAAACUCCAUCAGGGACUGCUUUGUAACAGGGAAGUGGGCAGAGGGCCAAGAUGCUGCUACACUGCUGAAGGAGGAUGAGGAACUGUAUGGAGACUUUGAGGAUUUGGAAACAGGAGAAGUUCACAAGGGACAAACUGGGCAGCAUAAUCCAGCUGAGCAGAAUAGUGAGAAUGAUGACCAUGAUGAUGAAGCUGAAGAGAGACUAGUGAAGAUGAACGAUGACGAGGUCCAGAAGAACAAGCGCAUUGAAAAGAAACGCAGGCUUAAAGAGCGAUUUGAUGCGGAGUAUGAUGAUGGAGAUGCCACUUACUUCGAUGACCUGAAGGAAGAGAUGCAGAAACAGGCUGAGCUUAACAGGGCAGAGUUUGAGGACGUGGAUGAUGAGACCAGAGUGCAAUACGAAGGCUUCCGACCAGGAAUGUACGUCAGAUUAGAAAUCCCCUCCCUUCCCUGUGAGUUUGUCACCAACUUCGAUCCCCAUUAUCCCAUCAUCCUUGGAGGUCUGAGUUCCGGUGAGGGCAACGUAGGAUACCUGCAGAUGCGACUAAAGAAACAUCGCUGGCACAACCGCAUCCUGAAGACACGGGACCCCCUCAUCCUGUCAUUAGGCUGGAGACGGUUCCAGACCAUACCCCUCUACCACAUUGAGGAUCACAACGGACGCCACCGCCUGCUCAAAUACACACCACAGCACAUGCACUGUGGAGCCUCCAUCUGGGGUCCUGUCACACCGCAGGGCACUGGCUUCCUAGCUGUGCAGUCAGUAGCAGGAACUAAAGCUAAUUUCCGUAUUGCAGCCACAGGAGUCAUCCUGGACCUGGAUAAGUCUGUGACUGUAGUGAAGAAGCUCAAACUCAUUGGUUACCCUUACAAGAUCUUUAAGAACACCUGCUUCAUUAAGGGCAUGUUCAACACAGUGUUGGAGGUAGCUAAAUUUGAAGGCGCGUCGGUUCGGACAGUAUCAGGGGUUAGAGGUCAGAUCAAGAAGGCGCUGUCGACACCACCUGGAGCUUAUAGAGCCACAUUUGAGGACCGCCUGCUUAUGAGUGACAUUGUGUUCCUGCGCUCCUGGUAUCCAGUGUCUGUUCCUCAGCUCUACAACCUUGUCACCUCUCUGCUGCUGCCUGUCGGGCAGAAGGACAGCUGGGGGGGCAUGAGGACCCUGGGGCAGCUCAAACAUGACCUCGGCAUCCGCACCAAACCCAACACAGACUCUCUGUACAAGCCGGUGGUCCGAGCCCAAAGGCACUUUAACCCCCUCCACAUCCCUAAGGAGCUCCAGAAGGCCCUGCCCUUUAAGAGCAAACCCAAACAGCAACAACCCAAAGGAAAGAUGCCUAGAGAUCUCCAAAGGCCCACCGUGAUCAGGGAGCCCCACGAAAAGAAGGUGGCAGCCCUGCUCCAUGCUCUGACCACAGUCCACCACAACAAGAGGAAGAAAGCACGCACAGUGCAGCACACCAAACACAAGGAGUUCCUGCAGCACAAGAAGGAACAAGAGGAAGCCAAGCUGAAGAGGCACAAGGAGGCCCGUAAAAAACUGUACCGCAUCAUGGGCCAGAUGGACCAAAAGAAGCAGAGGUCCAGUCUUAAGGGCACAACCCAGGACAACUAACUCCCUGCAAGUGGAUUCAUGAGGCAAACCUCUGCAGACUGAGAUGCUUGAUCUGCUCUUUGGACUGUUGGCAUGUUUCAUAAGUUUGGCAGGUUCAUUUUUUGUUGUAUUUUUCUAGAUGUAUUGAUAUUAAAAAUCAGCUGUGAUGGAAAAGUUAACUGACUUUUGCCCUUGUUUUAAUAAAACACAGUAUUGACCCUUCAAA